ACUCCGGCCGGUUGGUAUUCCCAUGUUGCUGCUUGGUGAGGACAGGCGAAGGUAUCUGAAAGUCGACACUUGUCAGGCUCCAUGGCGGCGGCAGCAGCAGCAGCAGCAGCAGCUCACUGCGGGCGCCGGUGUUUAUUCCUACGAACCGUCUUCCGCGGCCAGCUGGGCUUCAGAGGCUGCCGCUCCGGGGUGCCUGCGAGGCAGCAGCAAGCGCUCCAAGUUCCCUCCACCUCAGCUCAGGAGAUUGCAAGAAGAAAGGGAUUCUUAAGUGAACACAUAGCCCCUUUCUCUGCUUUCUUGACUGAUCAGUUUGGUCGCACGCACAACUACUUGAGGAUCUCACUCACUGAGAAAUGCAACCUCAGAUGUCAGUACUGUAUGCCAGAGGAAGGAGUCCAGCUAACUCCCAGGGCUGAACUAUUGACUACGCAGGAGAUAAUCACACUUGCCAGACUCUUUGUGAAUGAAGGCGUGGACAAGAUCCGACUGACUGGAGGGGAGCCUCUGAUCCGGCCCGAUGUGGUUGAUAUUAUAGCUCAGCUGCGAAAGCUGGAAGGGUUACAAACCAUCGCCAUCACAAGCAAUGGGAUCAAUUUAGCCCGACUGUUGCCCCGGUUGAAGGAGGCCGGCUUGAAUGCCAUUAACAUUAGCUUGGACACAUUAGUCCCAGCCAAAUAUGAAUUCAUUGUUCGUCGAAAAGGAUUCCACAAGGUAAUGGAAGGGAUCCACAAAGCCAUUGAACUUGGAUAUGAUCCUGUUAAGGUGAAUUGUGUGGUUAUGAGAGGCCUCAAUGAAGAUGAACUGGUGGAUUUUGUGGCUCUUACAGAGAAGCAGCCCCUGGAUGUUCGCUUCAUAGAGUACAUGCCUUUUGAUGGCAAUAAAUGGAAUUUCAAGAAAAUGGUGAGCUACAAGGAGAUGUUGGAUACAAUAAAGCAAAGAUGGCCAGAAUUUGAAGAGCUGCCUUGUGAAGAAGCCUCUAGCACUGCCAAGGCUUACAAGGUGCCAGAUUUUCAGGGACAAGUCAGCUUCAUCACCUCAAUGUCUGAGCACUUCUGUGGCUCCUGUAAUCGUCUGAGGAUUACAGCUGAUGGUAACUUGAAGGUGUGCCUUUUUGGAAAUUCAGAAGUGUCCUUGCGGGAUUAUUUACGAUCCAAUGCUACAAAAGAAGAACUGGUUCAAAUCAUUGGUGCAGCUGUUAGCAGAAAAAAGAAACAACAUGCCGGCAUGUUCAACAUUUCUCAGAUGAAGAACAGACCAAUGAUCCUCAUCGAAUCAGCAUCAAGGUCAUUCCCCCUGCUCCAAGAUGCCCUACAGGACCGAGGAACUUCAAAUGGUGGGGGCCACUGGCUGACUGCAAGAGCAAGUUUAUUCCAGCCAGUGGGGAAAACAUUUAAGAAAAAAUUGUUUACAGGACAUCAUGCCCUGCCAGGAUCUCACACAGCACGACAGCUUGGAGCAGGAAUUCUGCAAGCUCAGCUGAGUAGCAAUUGUGUUCUCCAAAAGAACUUGUGCUCUGGUUUGGACAUCAAGUGCCUUAGGGCAGAAAUAUCUCCCUCCAAGCAGAAAUCCUACAAGAUUAGGGACAUUCACACCCGUGUGAGAAACCAGCCUGAAGAGAAGGGUUCAAGAUCUCUGUCCACUGCCAAAAUACUUGGUGCCUCAGACUGCCUAACCCACAUUGACCAGGAGGGCCGGGCUUCCAUGGUGGAUGUGGGCAGGAAGGUUGAUUCUGAAAGGACCGCAGUUGCCAGCGCUGUGGUCCACCUGGGUAAGAAGGUGUUUGAAUUGGUGCGUCAGAACCAGAUAAAAAAAGGGGAUGUGCUGGCAGUUGCCCAGGUUGCAGGGAUUCAGGGUGCCAAGUUGACCAGUCAACUGAUCCCGCUUUGCCACAACAUCCCACUGAAUCUGGUGGAUGUUUCUCUGAGUCUAGAUGAGAGCAGGCAUGCAGUAGUGAUCUGGGCUUUGUGCCGCACUUACGGGAAAACGGGUGUUGAGAUGGAAGCCUUGACAGCUGCCAGCCUGGCCGCUUUGACGGUGUAUGAUAUGUGCAAAGCAGUCACUCACGACAUGGUAAUUGAAGAGGUGAAACUGCUCAGCAAGGAAGGAGGGCAGAGAGGAAACUUCCAGCGAAGCUAGCAAGUAUCUGAAGAUUCUGACCCAAGAGGUCAUUUUUGGCAUCAAAGGCUUCAGCUGCACAAACUAGGGAUCAGGGUUUUGACAACUGUGAUUUGAACUCCCAGUCACUUUACUAUAGAAUUGAUAUCCACUUAAAUCACUUGUUUUCCUUGUAUAGAAAGGCCUGGAUCUUGCUGGUUGGUUGCCUUCUUCUCAUAGAGAUUACUGGUUAGGAGGAGGAGAUUACUAAGAUUAUUUGCUAAAGUAUUCAGGUUUGUGGAAUUUACUGAGGUGCAGCUGGACUGUACACCUCAUGUAUUGUCUUUGUACAGGGUUACAGUCUCACAGUCUUGGAGUUGUUCUCUUUUUCAUUAGCACAACAGAAUUUCAACUCUUUCUCUCUUUCAUAGCACAACUGGAUUUCAACUAGAAUCCAUUACUUAAGGGUUAGCUGUAAGGAUUCUGACUGGAACAAAAAUAGUGGAAGUUCGGAUUCUUUACUGAGCCGUUAUAUGAAUGCCUUGCUUAGGCCCAAGAUGAGAAAAUACAAACUAGGUGCUGUUUCCUAGACCACUUGGGCCCAAUGCAGUUUUUAGUACACUGAGAUGAGAGAGUGUUGUCCUCAAUACAGGAAAUCCUUUGUCCACUGGGGAGAGAUGUAUACUAAAUAAUCAAGACACAGUCCCCAGCUGUGUGUGUGGAGAGACUUGUACAAAAAAUGGCACUCAGUGUUAAUAAGGCUAAAUAACUUGCACAAUUAAUAGUGUUUCUUGGCAAUAAAAUUGUGCCUAAUAUAGCCCAAAAUCUGGCAGUGCUAGAUGAUGUCUCCCUCUUCCAAUCUUCCCACACUUCUGGAAGCAGUAUUCCAAGUUAAUAGUCCUAUUUGUCUUCUCUACAGCAGUGAAAUGAAUACUGUGCUGGGAGCCAUACUUUUUGAGAUGAAGCUACUCACAAGGUUACCUUUCCCAACAUUAUUCAAAAUCAUCUUCACUCUCUUUCCCUAGAACCUUCUCAACAUCAGAAUUUUCUCCAGCAUUCCCUGAUUUCUCCUUGUCAUCCUUCUGUUUGUCUUGGCGAGCAAGGGCAGAGGUGGCAGGACAGUGUCUUUGAUAGCUCCUCAUGGGUAGUAGCAGCAGGUCCUUCCCAAAGGCAGCAGCAGCAAACAACAACAACAAUGCCAGCUCUGUGGGACUUGCAACCCAGCAGGUGAGUCUCUACCACCUACUCGGGAGCUGCCCCAGUCCCUUCAUUGAGAUGUGAAGUGUGUGGCUAGUUUUAAGGCUGAUAAUGAGGAAGACUCAUCCUGAUUUUACAUGGGUGAUUCUUGAAACCUCUUGGCUGCUCUGAAUGCAUUCAGGCAAAUAUGACUGAGUAUAAAGCAGUUUGAGGGCUGUGCUUAAUAAAGGGCAGCUGUGACAUUUUGGUGUCUUUUUCCUUUUGUUGAGCACACAACUCUUUACUUUCUGUAUAUACACUUCAGUUAACUGCAAAUAAAUUACUUUGAGAUGAUGAUGGUUUGUUCUGGGAGUAACCAAGGAACUUUUCAUAAAAGCAUAUGUUACAUCUCAAGUUGCCUGCUGUGAGAUAUUUGAACAGUGUUGACAUACCCAUGAAGCAAUUAGUGAGCGGCAGGGAAUUAUCUUAAUAGGAGUGUAUGGCAAAUCUUGGCCCCUCAGUGUGCAACAAACAAGGAUGUUCCAGGGUCUUGAGCCAAGAGGUUGAGCAAUCUUUUUAUGCUUUGCCCUAUAGAAACCCUUAGAAAAAAAUGUUUCAGUGCUUGUAAAUAGUGCAGGGAAAAGUCAGGCUAGGGGGAGCUUCUUAUCAGGAAGCUCCAGCAAACUCAGUACAGCUUGGCCCAUGCCAUGUUAUGGUUGCAAACUAAACCAAGUGUAAACUAAACCAAGAUCAGCAUUUGUUUAUGUAGCUCCAUCUCAGGGUGGGGGGAGUGCUGUUAUGAGGGGGCUGUGCUCCUUCUCCAAGGGUACCCAAUCACCAGAGUAAAUGCUCUUAUAAUAUACUUUUGUUUUGUUAAUCUCCAGUGUAUCCAAGUACAGGCAUCUGAAUGUUGCUGCAAAGCUCUUAUCUCUUCCUAAACCCUCAAGUGGUUUAUUCUGCUUAUAAAUGGAAAAUUAAACUUUAUCAGAGUGUGUAUGUCAAAAAGCAGAUAAAUUAGAGAGCUGAAAGCACUCUGAUUCAUAGGUGAAAUCAGGAUUUUAUGCACUAAAGUUUCUAUUUUAGGAUACAGCUAUUGCAAAAUACUAAAGUGAUUGAAAAAGCAGUUAAUGAUAUUUAAAAGAAAAAAAACCUAGUUUCCUGUGUCUGUUCCUCCAUAUUCGUUUUUACUCCAGUUAUCUUUCCGAACAGAAAUAAGUAAGAGUUAAGUAAAUAGGCCAGCCUCCUUGAAUGGAAAUGGGUUAUCAAGAUUGCUUUACAUGUUGCAUUAUUGUCUACAUAGCAAUUUUUGAUGUAGGAGGAAUGUACAUUGAAGAGCAGCACAGGUCUUCUUCCAUGAGUACACUCCUUGGGUAGCUAAAUAAUACAGAGAUCAUCUGUAGCUAAGAAAGAAAUGUGAUAUUUAGGCCAAAAUUUUAUUCUAGGCUCUGAUGUCCUAGUCCUGAUCUCCUCUGUCAGAUAAUAAAUGCUUUGAAUGCCUAUCGGAAGCAUACAGGAUCCACCAGAAAGGGUUCCUAUGCAAAUCUGAUGAAAGCCACAAGGAAGGGCUGUGCAAAGUCCUGAUGACCAACCUCUGGUUCCAGUUAAAGAAUCUGGAAGUAACUGAUGUGUGAGACCUCUGCCUAAGACCCUGGAGAGCCUCUGCCAGUAUGAGUAGAAAGUACUGCCCGUGGUGGACAAAUGGUUUGAAUCAGUAUAAGGCUGCUGAGUUGCACAAGGAUAUACAAGUGGAGUUUCUAUGAAUGCUGCUCCCAGUGGAGUAUUCUUUGUGGUUGAUAAAUUAUCAGUGUUGAUAAGUUAUUACAAGAGUAACUUGUCCUUGCUCCAGAGCUUUUUUGGGGGGGUUCCAGUCCACCCCAAUAGCACCACAAGAGCAUCUCAGCUUAGACUGGGCCUACAUCAAUUAUCUUUUCUUCAGCCUAGUAACGCAUCUACUGCUGCCAGCAAUCACAGAGGCCAGCUUGCUUCUAGCCAGCUAGCGGUAACUUUCCUGGUAAGUUUAAGGGCCAGUCUGCCCUGGUCAGUCUUGUCCCUGUUGCUUACAGAUGGAAAGCUGCAAUUCAGAUCUGAUUUCAAUGUGUAACAAAAGAGCCAUGGGCAUGAUGUGGAACUUGAACUUGCAAACAUCACAAAGCUAUGUUUAGUAGUGUUCCAAAGAUUAGGUUCUAAAAUGAUCAAGAUCAUAUAGUUCCCACAUAUGCCAAGGACUUCCUUUUCUCUAUGAGAAACCUAUAAAGGGUGUACAUGUUGUGGGUUUUUAAAAAGUUUAUUUAAAUGCAGUGACACAACAUCUUUUUAAAGGGCUUACAAAUACAGUUGACUUCAUGAAAAGAAAAUUUAAUGUAGGAACUGGCUCUGAACAUGUUGAACAUGUUGUGCAUUAACAGUGAUGGUGGCUCAUGUGGGCCUUUCUUUGGUAAUGGCUGAGUCUUCUUCUGGCAAAGACUCCUUGCAUCAGAAGAAGGCACUGCUGUUAGCAUGACUUGGAUCUCACAAAUCUAUUCUAUCAAGACAUGAAGCUCUUUAUUCAGUUGCACUUGAACUUUAUCUGUCGAUGAGUACAUGGGGCUAUAUGGUUUAAGAAUUUGGCAAAGUGACCUUCUGAUUGGUGUCAGGAGGAGGCUAUUUACUUUUCAAGUGACUUAAUGGUGUUUUUUGAUGCCAUAACUGAACACUCUGAUUAACUCUGGCAACUAUGCACAACCAUUUUGACAUUAAAAUGUUAUAUAGUGUAAGUAUGUUUUCUAGAUAAGUGAUGGAAUUGGGGAAUAAUUAUUUACACUCAACUUUGCUGUGGUGAUAUUAUUGAGAAACUUUUCUAAAUUGUACUAGACUUUUAAUAAAUUGUACUUGCAAUCAG